UGUGGUGCAGUUUGUUGAUCUCUAGGCAUUGUUUUAUUUAUUUAUUUAUUUUUGGGUUAAAUUUCUUUAUCUUAUUGUAUUACUUCUUUUGGUUGUGUUUGUGGUCUGCUUCGUAUUACUAGGCGAGGUCCUGAACACUAUACUAAACACUACUCCUGUUUUGAGUUUGAGUUCAAAGCAAGCAAGACAUAUAGUUUUUAGAGAGAGACAGAAAACGAGAAGAAGCAGCAAAGCCAAUGAUGCAAAUCCGAGAAGAAAGUUUUGGAAAUUGAGGCAAAUGUCGAUGCCCAGCUCGAGGCAAAUCCUCUUCUCUUCCUUUCUUCCUUCUCCUUCUUCCUUAUCAUUCUUUAUCCUUACUCUUCUCCCAACUCUUCUAUCAACUUCUUUGGCUUCACCAAGCCAUGAAGCCUCCAUUCUUUUCUCUUGGCUACAUUCUUCUUCUUCUCCACCCUCUUUCUUCUCUAACUGGAACAAUCUUGAUUCUACGCCAUGCAACUGGACCUCCAUAACAUGCUCUUCUCAAGGUUUUGUCACUGAAAUAAACAUCCAAUCUGUUCCUCUUCAGCUUCCGUUACCAUUCAAUCUGUCUUCGUUUCGUUUUCUAAGUGAACUUGUCAUUUCUGAUGCCAAUAUCACUGGAACCAUCCCACUUGAUAUUGGUGAUUGUGUUUCACUCACGUCCAUUGACCUCAGCUCUAAUAGUCUUGUUGGCAUAAUUCCUGGGAGCAUUGGCCGGCUUCGAAAACUUGAGGACUUGAUUUUGAACUCUAAUCAGCUAACUGGGAAAAUGCCAGUUGAGCUAAGCAACUGCAGUAGACUCAAGAAUCUGCUUCUUUUUGAUAAUCGCUUAAGUGGUUAUAUCCCAACCGAGCUAGGGAAAUUGUCCAGUCUUGAGGUUCUUAGAGCCGGAGGGAACAAAGACAUUAUUGGCAAAAUUCCAGAUGAGCUUGGCGAUUGCAGCAACUUGACUGUUUUGGGGUUGGCUGAUACAAGAAUUUCAGGUUCUUUGCCUGUUUCAUUGGGCAAGCUAAGUAAGCUGCAAACGUUGUCCAUUUAUACAACAAUGCUCUCUGGUGAGAUUCCACCAGAUAUAGGUAACUGCUCUGAGCUUGUCUACUUGUUUCUUUAUGAAAACAGUCUCUCUGGAUCAAUUCCACCGGAGAUUGGCAAGCUUAAAAAGCUUGAGCAACUGUUGCUAUGGCAAAAUAGUCUUGUUGGAGUCAUCCCGGAAGAGAUUGGCAACUGUAUCAGCUUGAAAAUGAUUGAUCUCUCUUUAAAUUCUCUGUCUGGGACAAUACCUUCUUCUAUAGGAGGCCUCUUGGAGCUUGAAGAGUUUAUGAUUAGUAAUAAUAAUGUGUCUGGUACAAUACCAUCUAGUCUUUCCAAUACUUCAAAUCUUCUGCAAUUGCAACUGGACACAAAUCAGAUCUCAGGUUUAAUCCCACCUGAGCUUGGAAAUUUAUCAAAGCUCACUGUUUUCUUUGCCUGGCAAAACCAGCUGGAAGGAAGCAUUCCUUCUAGUUUGGCUAAAUGCAGUAGCCUUCAAGCACUAGAUUUGUCUCACAAUUCUCUCACAGGAAGCAUCCCUCCAGGCUUGUUUCAGCUCCAAAACCUCACGAAGCUUCUCUUAAUAUCUAAUGAAAUUUCUGGUUCUAUACCACCAGAUAUUGGUACCUGCAGCUCUCUUGUGCGGCUAAGACUUGGUGACAACAGGAUUUCUGGUGGCAUUCCUAAAGAAAUUGGGGGUCUCAGGAACUUGAACUUUCUUGAUCUCUCUAGCAAUCGCCUUUAUGGGUCGGUCCCUGAUGAGAUAGGAAGUUGCACAGAAUUGCAAAUGAUAGACCUUAGCAACAACACUAUACAGGGUUCCCUGCCAAACUCAUUGUCAUCUCUAAGUGGGCUUCAGGUCCUAGAUGUCUCAGUUAAUCAAUUUGAUGGUCAAAUACCAGCUAGCUUGGGUCGUCUUAUUUCACUUAACAAGCUAAUUCUUAGCAGAAAUUCAUUCUCUGGAUCAAUACCUUCAUCACUUGGCCUCUGCUCAAGCCUUCAAUUGCUUGACCUUAGCAGCAAUGAGCUCAUUGGCAGCAUCCCAAUGGAAUUAGGUCGAAUAGAAGCCCUUGAAAUUGCUCUCAAUCUCAGUUAUAAUGGACUUACAGGGCCAAUUCCACCUCAGAUAUCUGCACUCACUAAGCUUUCAAUAUUAGACCUUUCACACAAUAAGCUUGAGGGAAAUUUAAGUCAGCUUGCAGGUCUUGACAACCUUGUUUCUCUUAACAUAUCUUACAAUAACUUCACUGGCUAUCUUCCUGAUAAUAAGCUGUUUAGACAGAUAUCACCAACGGACUUGGCUGGUAACCAAGGCCUUUGUUCUUUAAUCAAGGACUCCUGUUUCUUGAGUGAUGUAGGCAGGACAGGACUGCCAAUGAAUGGAGAUGACAUAAGGCAGUCACGAAAGCUUAAGCUGGCAAUUGCUUUGUUGAUCACAUUGACAAUAGCAAUGGUGAUUAUGGGAACAAUUGCUAUUAUUCGUGCAAGAAGAACAAUUAGAGGAGAUGAUGAGUCUGAGUUGGGAGACUCAUGGCCCUGGCAAUUCACUCCAUUCCAGAAGUUGAAUUUCUCUGUAGAUCAAGUACUGAGAUGCCUGGUGGAUGCCAAUGUAAUUGGAAAAGGGUGUUCUGGUAUUGUUUAUCGUGCUGAUAUGGAUAAUGGUGAAGUCAUUGCUGUGAAGAAGCUCUGGCCAACUACAAUGGCUGCAGCCGAUGGAUGCACCGACGAAAAAAGUGGCUUUCGUGAUUCCUUCUCAGCAGAAGUAAAAACACUUGGCUCCAUACGGCACAAGAACAUAGUUAGGUUCUUGGGUUGUUGUUGGAAUCGAAAUACAAGGUUGCUGAUGUAUGACUACAUGCCUAAUGGAAGCCUUGGCAGUCUCCUUCAUGAAAGAACAGGAAAUGCAUUGGAAUGGGAUCUUAGGUACCAAAUUUUGUUGGGAGCAGCAGAAGGCCUGGCUUAUUUGCACCAUGAUUGUGUUCCUCCAAUCGUUCACAGGGAUAUCAAAGCCAAUAACAUCCUCAUUGGCCUUGAAUUCGAGCCUUAUAUUGCAGAUUUUGGCCUUGCCAAGCUUGUUGAUGAUGGCGAUUUUGCUCGGUCCUCCAAUACAGUUGCAGGCUCUUAUGGAUAUAUUGCUCCUGAAUAUGGCUAUAUGAUGAAGAUCACAGAGAAGAGCGAUGUUUAUAGCUAUGGCGUAGUGGUAUUAGAAGUCUUGACAGGAAAGCAACCAAUUGAUCCAACAAUACCAGAAGGACUGCAUGUAGUAGAUUGGGUUAGACAGAAGAGAGGAGCAAUUGAAGUGCUAGACCCUUGCUUCUUAUCUCGACCCGAAUCUGAAAUAGAUGAGAUGAUGCAAGCAUUAGGUAUAGCAUUAUUGUGUGUAAAUUCCUCCCCUGAUGAAAGGCCUACCAUGAAAGAUGUGGCUGCAAUGUUUAAGGAGAUCAAACAUGAAAGAGAGGAGUAUGCAAAAGUAGAUAUGCUCCUUAAAGGAUCACCAGCAACUGAUGCAGAAAACAAGAGCUCAAGCAGUGCAGUCCCAGCAACUUCAUCAUCAAAGCCAUCAAUGCAAAGUUUAUUAUAUCCAAAAAGCAAUAACUCAAGCUUCUCUGCUUCCUCAUUACUUUACUCAUCUUCCUCCAAUGCCAAAGUGACUUUCAAGUGAAAAAUUCUAGUUGUUGCACAGUCAUAUAGAGGAGAAGCUUGCUUUCUUGUAUGUUUGGUAACCCUUUGUUCUUUUCAAUGUAAAGUAAUUAAAGGUUGAUAUGUUUGUUAUGCCCAAAUGCAAAACAAGAAAAAGAGCCAAUAUCUUCCAAAUUUCAAUUUGCAAAUUAUAGCCUAUAAGAACCAAGCACUUCAUUUCCUUGAAGACUUGUUUUUGUUUAGGCUUAUCAUCAAACAGAUUCAGUUAAGCAAAUUAUUAGCAGGUACUG